ACAAAGACGAAAGAACAGACCAAAUCGUGAGCGCAAGAGGGUGCCACCGACCCGAAUUUCCCCAAAUCGGAACUUCAUUAUUUCCUCUUUCUCUCUCAAGAUCGCAAAUCUCACUUUAUAUUAAUACUAGUACGCGCACAUACAUAUAGAUUGAUGGCCCCUUCCAGCAGUGAAAUUUAUUUCAGCGAAGAUGAAGAUCAAGAUGACGAGGAAGAAGAGUUCGAACAUUUUGAUGAUUUCACUCUUGCCUCUUCUUGGGAGAGGUUCAUAUCUGAAAUCGAGGCAGUUUGUCGGCAAUGGUUGGCUGAUGGUCCCAAAAAAUUGUUGGAAAAGAGUGCUGAUUGUUUGGAAAUAUCAAAGAAUUUGUACAAGGUCAAGUCUGAGUUGAAGUAUCUAACGAAAAACUAUUGCAUGGAUUAUUACUUUGUAAAUGGUGGUAAUGGAAGCAUUGGACAUUGGAAUUAUGAUUUACACGAUCUGCAGUUGUCUUUUGGAGUUGAGGAAUUUCUGGUGAUUGCACCACAAAGUGCAAGUGGGGUGGUUCUUGAUGCACCAGAGGCAAGCAAACUUCUAAGUGCAGUUGCUAUUGCUUUGUCAAAUAGUUCCAGCUUGUGGCCAGCAUUUGUUCCAGUACAUGUUCCUUCUCGCAAAGCGUAUAUUGGUAUCCAAAAUAUGGGAACAGUUUUUACUCGAAGAUUUGAAUCAGACCGUAUUGGUAGCCAGGUUCCAGUAAAACUCAUGCAUUUGGAAGGUUUAUACGAGUUGUUUAUUUCAAAAUUCGUCUUCUCAACCUUGGACUUGUCUAUGCAUCGUUUCAAAGUCAAUUUCACAAUGAAGCUAACCUACAAAACCAUUCUCCAUGAUGACGAGAAUGAAGUUGAAAGACCUAAUGCGGAAGUAUAUGAUUCCAAUGCAGUUUCUGGAAGUGAAAUGCACAGAAAAGCACAAUGGGAUGAGGACUGUCCAUGGAGUGAAUGGUAUUCAGCAGAGGACCCAGUAAAAGAUUUUGACUUGAUCAUCAUAUGGACUGAAAAAACAAUUGAAAGCUCCCUUGAAAUGGCUGAACUGGAAAAUGCUUCCCUGCAUGAAGCUGACAAAUGGAUAAUAACUCCAACCUUUUCUCAAAACAUCAUUGGCAACUCUGUAGGAAAUAUAGUAGGAUUUGCUUCUCAACUUCGCCUCUUGGUCAACGCGUUAUAUAUCUCUUCUAGGGCAAAGUAUAUAGAAGAUUACGUGUCAGCUGAAAGCUUGGGGUCUGAUGACAUGAGAUCAUCAGCGAUCAUACCUCCACCAACAGUUCUUGAUCGAGUUCUUAAAGAUAUAUUUCAUGAAGGUAAACGUGCCAAUUUUUCCGAUGUCGGGGACAAGACUUCUCGAAAUAUCAAGGGAGCUCCACUUGAAUCACUCUUUGCACAGUUUUGUUUACAUUCUUUAUGGUUUGGGGACUGCAAUAUACGAGCUAUUGCUGUACUUUGGAUAGAGUUUGUGCGGGAGGUUCGUUGGUGCUGGGAAGAGUCGCAACCAUUACCCCGGAUGCUGGGCUCCGGAUCAAUUGACCUUUCAACUUGUUUGGUCAAUCAGAAGCUUCAAAUGCUUGCAAUUUGCAUUGAAAAGGUGCGCCAGCAAGACAAAGAGAGUGAAGAUGGUAUUGAAAGUGAAGAAUCUGUGUCUGCUUAUGCCGAGGAUGAUAUUACAAUUGGGUCAGAAUCAUCUCAAUCCCCCAGAUCUGGCAACAGCUUUAAUAGGGAACGUGACAGUUCUUUGUCGCCUGCACCACCUGUUGCUGAUAUUAAGUCCCCCAGUGUCAUGACAUCUGCCUCUUUGAAAAAUACUGAUUCUGCAAUGAGCGGAUCAGCUGGUAUUGUGGGGUCUAUGAUGCUUCUAAACUCUCGUCAAUACAUGCAUGCUCCAUUCACCCAGGAUGCACCAAUAAUGACAGAGGACAUGCAUGAAGAACGAUUGCGAGCUGCAGAAGCCUUGGGCGAUUUUAGCUUUUCUGCUCAACUAGAGAAGGAUGUAUUGUUGUCAGAUAUGUCAGCAUUCAAAGCAGCAAAUCCAGAUGCUGUUUUUGAAGAUUUUAUUCGAUGGCAUUCACCUAAAGACUGGGAGGAAGACACACAAGAUGGAAGCAAUGCAGAGGGUCAGUCUGAAACAAAGUGGCCCCCUCGAGGGCGACUGUCUGCAAGAAUGUCUGAUAAUGCAAAUUCAUGGCGAAAAAUCUGGAAUGAGGCACCUGCUUUGUCUGUUUCUAACCAAAAACCACUUCUGGAUCCAAAUCGAGAAGGAGAAAAGGUUCUUCAUUAUUUGGAGACACUAAGUCCAUAUCAACUGUUGGAACAAAUGGUUUGUACUGCCUUUAAAGCAUCUGCUGAUACUCUUCACCAGACCACUUUUGGCAAUUUGCAAAAUAUGAAAACAAAAUUAGGACAGCUCUACCCCAGUAUGGCUUCUGUAUUGAAGCGUCUGCAAGCAAAUACUGCAGACAGUGACUUUACUGAAGACAUUAGUCGGCUUUGUGUCAUAUAUGAACAUAUCGAGAAGUUAUUAUAUGUUGCGGCUUCUCUUCAUCGCAAGUUCAUACAAGCUCCACAUUUAUCAGAGGCAAUAUUUUGUGACUUCUUUAAUACUUACAUACCAAAAAUGGGGACUGGCACAAUUGGAGCUGAUUAUUUCCAGGAAUUCAAAAUGAAGCAAGUAGUGAGCAUUCCCGACAGGGAAGUUGUAGCAAGCUUAUUUUCUCCCCCCACUGCAGAUCAGUCAUGGAGGAAAGUUUUGAGCAUGGGAAAUCUUCUCAAUGGCCACGAGCCAAUUCUACGGGAGAUUAUAUUUUCUUUGCGUGAUAGAAUAAAUGGCAGCUAUUAUGCUGCUAGCACACCCUGGAGUCAUGAACAAGAAAUAGAAACAUAUAGGAUGUAUAUUUGUGGAAGCUCAAAUGAUCUUCAGGUAGCACUUUCUGUUGCAUCUUGUGAUUAAUCUAUAGGACAGCUUCCGAAGUUGUCAUUGUCUGUAUAGAUUCUUGUCUUCUUUUUAGGUGAAGUAAUAUAUCUGUAGUCUAUGUAAUAUAUGCUGGUAGAAUUUUAUUCACAAUGCUCAUUUGCUUCAGUUGCUAA